GCAACUGUGCACAGAGGCGGGCCGGGGACGUUCUGUUUCCUUGGCUGCGGAGCUGGCGGAGACGCGAAGGUACCCUGGCCCGGAACGUCCUGUGCGCACCAGGCUCUUGGCCGCCUGAACCCCCACGGUCGAUCCGGGCGUGGAGGCGGCUAGCCCGGGCUCGGUCCCUUCCGCUUCACGGCUGCGGAACGGUACAAACUCAUCGCCCCGGUUCCCUCCGCCGGGGCCCGGAGGCCGCGUCCCUGCGAGGGACUCAGCCCCGACGGGCAGGUGCCUGGUGCCCGCGGACCCUCUCUCCGUGGGGCGCGAAGCCCCUGCUGGGUGUGGGCAGGGUGGGAGCAGCCGGGAGACCCUGCACGAAACAGCGCGGGAUGGCCAGCAGGUCCCGGACAGCUUCGUGUUGGGGAUUGUCGUCAUUCAAGGAUAUAUCUAUGGAGUUCACCUGGGAAGAAUGGCAGUUACUGGAUUCUGCGCAGAAGCACCUGUACCGGGAUGUGACUCUGGAAAACUAUAAUAACCUGGUGUCUCUGGGCUAUCAUGGUACCAAACCUGAUUUAAUCUUCAAGUUGGAGCAAGGAGAAGAGCCAUGGAUAAUAAACGCGGAAGUUUCCCAUCAGAGCUGUCCAGAAGGUUGGAAAGAAUGGUACCAGAAAAAUCAAGAUAAACUUGAAAGUGUUGAGAGAAGCUAUGCUUGUAAUGCAUUUGGAAAGCUUCAUCUGAGCAAAAGCCACAUUUCUUCAAGACAAAGUCUCCUCAAAUAUAACACACAUGGAAAAAGCUUGACACAAAACUUAGCUUCAGCCAGAAGCUGUCUAAGACAGAAUCCUGAUCAGUUUCAUGGGUGUGAUGAAUCAUAUUUUCUUAAGCAUCGAAGAACUCAUAGUAUAGAAAAAAACUGUGUAUGUAACGAAUGUGGGAAAGCUUUUCGUUGUAAAUCCCAGCUCAUUGUACAUCUCAGAAUUCAUACAGGAGAGAGACCAUACGAAUGCACUAAAUGUGAGAGAGCCUUCAGUGCCAAGUCAAACCUCAAUGCUCAUCAGAGAGUCCACACAGGAGAGAAGCCCUACUCCUGUAUGGAGUGUGGGAAAGUCUUCUCAUUCAGGUCACAGCUCAUUGUCCAUCAGGAAAUUCACUCAGGAGGGAAACCUUACGGUUGCAGUGAAUGUGGGAAAGCCUACAGCUGGAAAUCACAGCUUAUUUUACACCAGAGAAGCCAUACAGGAGUGAAACCCUAUGAAUGCAGUGAAUGUGGGAAAGCCUUUAGUCUGAAGUCCCCAUUCAUUGUGCACCAGAGAACUCACACAGGAGUGAAACCCCAUAAGUGCAGUGACUGUGGGAAAGCCUUCAGGAGUAAGUCAUAUCUCCUCGUUCACAUUAGGAUGCACACGGGAGAGAAGCCCUAUCAGUGCAGGGAUUGUGGGAAGGCCUUCAGCAUGAAGACACAACUCGUUGUGCACCAGGGAAUUCACACAGGAAAUAAUCCGUAUCAGUGCAGUGAAUGUGGGAAGGCCUUCGGUAGGAAGGAACAGCUCACUGCACAUCUGAGAGCUCACGCGGGAGAGAAGCCCUAUGGGUGCAGUGAGUGUGGGAAAGCCUUCAGCAGCAAAUCAUACCUCGUUAUACACCGGAGAGCACACACAGGAGAGAGACCCUAUGAGUGUAGCUUCUGUGAGAGAGCCUUUUGUGGGAAAUCACAGCUAAUUAUACAUCAGAGAACUCAUUCAACAGAGAAGCCCUAUGAAUGCAGCGAAUGUGAGAAAGCCUAUCCUAGGAAGGCGUCACUUCAGAUACACCAGAAGACUCAUUCAGGAGAAAAACCCCACAAAUGCAGUGAAUGCGGGAAAGCAUUCACUCAGAAGUCAUCUCUCAGUGAACAUCAGAGAGUUCAUACAGGAGAGAAGCCAUGGAAAUGCUCUGAAUGUGGGAAAUCCUUCUGCUGGAAUUCAGGGCUUCGUAUACAUCGAAAAACUCACAAGUGAGAAAUCAGAACGGAGUAGAUGUUAGAAGCAUUCUCACAGAAGCUGAUCCACAGGAGACUUCGGAGGAUAAUAGAGGCAGGAAGUCCUAAAAAUACUCUCUUAUCAAAUUAGUCAUAUGAGAGAGAGGCCAAUCAUAUUUGGAAUGAAUGUGCAAAAGCUUUCAGAAGUAAGUCAUACAAAUCUUUAUAUACAAGAGAAUAGUUGCAGGAGUAUGGAACAGUAACUGUAUCAGAAGUGGUAGCCUGAUUAUGAAGAUUUAACAUGGGGAAUUCAUAUUGAGGAGCCCUUGUAACUUUAAUAAAGCAGGAAAGCACUUCCCGUGGAAGCUGUGUUACAUGGGCAGUUGUGUUCCAAAUGUGGUGCUGAAGAAAGUCUUGGUAGAGAGUAAAGUUGUUUUUUAUUUUAAUAUGCAACUAGAGUAAUAGCAGGAAAACUGCAAUGAACAUACUCUGAAGGUUAAGGGGUAUGGAGUGUGACUUUCCUGAGUAACACUGAAUAGCGUUUUAAAAUUUUUUGGUAUUUUAUUUUUAAAUGUAGCUUGUUAUAUUUGAUAGUUUGUGGAAUAACACCCUCUAAUAUUCUCCAUAUUAAAUGCUAAGGAUCAGUGUUGUCUCUUUAUUUCUUAGCAAUAUAACUAAAAUAAUGUAGUUUUUAAUAAAUGAAAGGAUUCAGUUCUCAUUCCAAAUGAAUUUAUUUAUCCAGCAAGUGGGUCUGGCAGUUGUUAACAGGGGUGCUUCCUAAGAGCACUCACCAUAAUGAACACUGAUUAUAUUUACCAGUUCAGUGUCUGUUCCGCAUUGAUUGGUAAGAGCGGCUUAUAUCUCUCUGGAGAAAUACCCCUCCUGUGUGUGUGCACCUUUGCGGUGGGUCUUUCAGGGUGUCCUUUCCACCAGUCACAGGUGACCACUCUGCCGUUGUUGGGAAAUGGGAGCCUCUUUUCCAGAAGUUUGCAUCUCGAUUUCAGUCUCCCAUGAACCAGCAGGGAAAUAUUGGAACUCAUUCUUGUCCCAGAAUUCUACUGAGACCAUCAGUUAGUUCUUGCUCGUUUGAUUUCUCAGAAUAACUUUGGAUACUGCCCCUUUUGAACCUGGUUUUCUGGUCUUCUGUGUGCUUCCUCAUCUUUUCAAUAAAUAUUGUUUUCUGCUAAAGUUAAGCAGAAUGAGUUCCUGUUUCUUGUCACUGAAGGGCUUUAACUGGUAAGUCAUUGCUCUGGAGUAGCUGUAGGUAGUAAACUGUUGAAGAACAGCUGGGUGUGUGG